AUGGGCAUAGAGACGCUUCCCGAUGUCGAGGAAUCGACGGAGCCUCCUAUAUGUGACUUCACGGAGCCCACUACAAAUCCACAUGCAACUGCCAGCAUAAGCUUUGAGCCGUGUCACCCCGACGAGAAGUCUACGCCUACACCCGGUCGUAGUUCGAGCGAAAUACUUGAAGAUCAAGCCAAACAUGCCCAUCUUUUGGAGCCUUCCGAUAUUGCCGCUCUUGCCCAGACGGAUCUACAAAAUGGAAUCUCCGAUACAGAGGCGAGACUUCGCUUCACGAGGGAUGGACCAAAUGUUAUUCGCGAAAUCAAGGGAGUCUCCGUCUGGGGAAUAAUACUAAGGCAGGUUUCGAACAGCCUGACCAUAGUCCUACUCAUCACCAUGGCUCUGUCCUUUGGAAUCGAUGACUAUAUUGAGGGAGGCGUCAUAACGGCUGUCAUUCUCUUGAACAUAAUUGUAGGAUUUGUUCAAGACUACCGAGCCGAGAUGACCAUUCUAUCCCUGCACCGCUUGUCCGCCCCCGUAUGCAGAGUCAUUCGCGAUGGCCGAAUGACCUCCGUUAAGGCCGAGUCGGUGGUUGUUGGAGAUAUAGUUCAACUGGCAGUCGGUGAUAUCGUGCCUGCGGAUCUACGGUUGUUCGAGGGCAUGAAUGCAUCCAUGGAAGAAGCUCUUUUGACGGGCGAGUCCCUCCCAGUUCUCAAAACGCCGCAUGUAACCCUCGCAUCUCCAAACAUUCCCAUCGGUGACCGCACCAACAUGGCAUACUCGGGCUGUAGCACGACCCAAGGCCGAGCCACAGGAAUUGUUGUUGCAAUAGGGAUGGGGACGGAGGUGGGGAAGAUUGCCCAGCUUCUCCAGGAAGGAGACAUUACUGGAAACCGGAGUCCUCUUGCUCGCUUCUUUCAACGCCUGAAAUCUUCAAUUGCGAAUAUCUUGGGCUUGGUAGGCACUCCGUUGCAAGUCAAGCUGAGCAAGUUCGCGCUCCUGCUUUUUGGACUGGCCAUUCUGUUGGCACUCAUUGUCUUCUCAGUCAAUCUCUGGGAUGUCCAGGGCGAAGUCCUCAUUUACGGGAUAUGUGUCGGCGUGGCCGUCAUUCCAGAGUCCUUGAUCGCAGUACUCACAAUCACUAUUGCGGUUGGCACCAAGGCAAUGGCCAGAGGCAAUGUAAUCGUCCGGAGACUCCAAUGCCUGGAGGCCGUGGGUGGUGUCACAAACAUCUGCUCUGACAAAACUGGUACCUUGACCCAAGGAAAGAUGGUCGCUCGCUCUGCAUGGAUCCCAGGCGCUGGCACUUUGGCGGUGUACCAGACAACUGACCCAUAUGACCCUACCAGUGGCCUUACUCAGUUGGAUCAGAUUGACUGCAAUUUAAAUUACCCCAUCGAACAAAGCCCUGCAUUACAUACCUUCCUUUCUGCUCUAGCGCUUUGCAAUCUUUCAGUAGUGCACCAUGACAAUGGGAUGUGGACUGCACUUGGCGAGCCCACCGAGAUUGCCCUGCAUGUCUUAGCCAUGCGAUUCGACUUUGGCAAGAAGCAAGUGAUAGAGAGAAGAAAGAUUGAGCUAAACACAGAAUAUCCUUUCGACUCGGCUAUCAAGAAGAUGUCUGUCGUUUACAGAAAUUCCGCCGAGAAGCGCAAUGAGAUAUACACAAAAGGUGCACCCGAGUCUAUCAUUCCAUCCCUGUUAAUCAGCGAAGGUGAAGCGCAGAUUAUCCGAGAAACGGCGGAUCGAAUGGCCGGAGAGGGUCUUCGCGUUCUAUGCAUUGCCUACAAAAUGGCCCCGACUGACCAAGAGGACCAAAUCUCUCCACGCAGUGCCGCUGAAUCAAGCCUUCAGUUCGGAGGCCUUGUGGGACUAUACGACCCUCCACGCGUUGAGACAGCCGCUGCCGUUCGCAAAUGUCAGAUGGCGGGAAUCACGGUUCACAUGCUCACUGGCGAUCACAUCAAAACAGCCACGGCAAUUGCAUCAGAGGUCGGAAUUCUUGAUCGAGUCACUGCCAUGACGAAACCAGGAAAAUUGGUCAUGGCUGCAGACGAAUUUGACAAAUUGACGGAUGACGAAAUUGAUUCAAUCGAGAAUUUGCCUCUGGUCAUCGCUCGCUGUAGCCCUGCGACGAAGGUUCGCAUGGUGGAAGCAAUGCAUCGUCGUCAAGCAUUUUGUGUCAUGACUGGCGAUGGCGUCAAUGACUCCCCGGCUCUCAAGAGAGCUGAUGUUGGUAUAGCGAUGGGGAAAAAUGGCAGUGAUGUCGCUAAAGAGGCUGCCGACAUGGUUCUAACGGACGACAAUUUCUCAUCUAUCGUCAAGGCCGUUGAGGAGGGGAGAAGACUGUUUGAUAAUAUCCAGAAGGUAUUUAUCCACGUCAGUCAACUAGAAAAAGAGCAUACUAACAGCCAACAGUUUCUCAUGCACCUCCUUAUCUCCAACAUUGCCCAAGUGAUUCUCCUUUUAAUAGCCCUUGCCUUCAAAGAUGCCGGAUGGGACUCUGUCUUCCCAUUGUCUCCGCUUGAGAUCCUCUGGGCCAACCUAGUUACAUCUUCUUUCCUAGCCGUUGGCCUGGGCCUUGAAGAGUCACAACCUGAUAUCAUGUAUCGACCACCUCACGACCUACGCGUUGGAGUCUUUACGCGCGAGCUAGUUGUCGACAAAAUGAUCUACGGUACGUUCAUGGGCUCGCUCUGCCUGGUAGCAUUCGUAUGUGUCAUCUACGCCGCAGGCACUGGGACCUCAGAUCUAGGCGAUGGAUGCAAUCAGGGAUACAACGCGUCUUGCGACGCCGUUUUCCGAGCGCGCGCUACAACCUACGCUACAUUGACCUUUCUGUUGCUUGUUACAGCCUGGGAGGUCAAACAUUUCUCGCGGUCCUUAUUCAAUAUGGACCCUAUCCGCUUCCCGCAGAAACUUUCAAUUAUUCCCACGGUUCGGCAGAACCGUUUCCUCUUCUGGGCGGUUAUGGCCGGGUUCUUCGUUGCGUUCCCGGUUAUCUAUCUUCCAGUGAUCAAUCAGCUAGUGUUCAAGCAUCAUGCCAUUACCUGGGAAUGGGGUGUUGUGUUCGGUUGCACAGCUGUGUACUUGGCGUGUGUGGAGAGCUGGAAAGCGACUAAGCGAGCGUUUGGUAUUGGCAGCGGGAAGAAUACUAUUCUCACUUUGGAGGAUGCGGAGACCAGGGCGGGUCUGAGUACCACGCCGCUGUCUAUGAGUGCCGAUGCCAGCAUUGAAAUGAAGUGA